UUUGUGUGUUAAGAGGACGCGCCGCUGCAGUUCUGUAGGCUACAGUGCCUUGGAUUACUAUCGCGCGCAUACACUGCAUCAACACCACGGAGGACAUCGAACUCUAAGACAAAUAUAUUCAUGUAUAUAUUGUGUAAUUUUUCAGAAUUGCAUACAUUUUAGUAACAAAGAUGUUCAUGUUUAUUAGUACACUUGUCAUUUUGGUGGACAUCCUAUUACACGCAAAAUUGAGCCUUUCUAUGGAAACUGACUUCUGCAUUCCUAUUCUACUAGACGAGACCAUUUCUACAAAGCACAAUUUCAUUAGCGACCCGGAGGAAACGAAUGAAGGCCAGACCAUUUUUAAAAUCAACGCUUUCCACCAGGAAUUUUAUCUCAGACUGACGCCAGAUUCUAAUUUCCUCGCGCCUACCUUCUCUGCGCACGGCGGCUCCUCGGCGCUAAAUCCCGCUGCAUCACCUGAUUUGAGCCGCUGCUUCUACUCUGGUUCUGUCAAUUCCGACCGGGAUUCUUACGCAGCGCUGAGUCUGUGCAAAGGCUUGCAAGGCGCGUUUGGUUACAAAGGGUCGGAGUAUUUCAUCAGCCCCAUAGAUAACGUCUCGCCAGCUGGAGACAGCAGGAGCGCGCAGAGAGCGCACGUUAUACGCCGCAGAAGCAGCCCUCACCACCGCAAUUCGACUUCGAGGUGCGGCGUGAGCUCAGGUCCGAACCGCGAUAUGUUAGAAUCUUUGGAAAAAUACAAAUACAUGAAAGGACACCAUAAAGGGAACUUUACUGACACGGUACUGAAAACCCUGGGUAGAUCAAAAAGGUUCGCGUCCAUUCCCAGGUACGUGGAAACCCUCAUCGUUGCUGACGAUUCCAUGGUGAAGUUCCAUGGCGAUGACCUUAAGCACUACCUCCUGACCCUCAUGUCGGUCGCCGCCAGGCUGUACAAGCACCCCAGCAUUCUAAACUCCAUAAACAUCGUGGUCGUCAAGUUCAUGGUGAUAAAUGAAGCCGACAAGGGACCCAAGGUUUCCGGCAACGCAGCCCUCACGCUGCGCAAUUUCUGCACAUGGCAGAAAAAGUUAAACAAACACAGCGACAAGCACCCUGAAUACUGGGAUACUGCCAUCCUGUUCACAAAGCAGGACCUGUGUGGCGCCACCACCUGUGACACGCUGGGCAUGGCAGAUGUGGGCACCAUGUGUGACACUAAGAGGAGCUGCUCCGUCAUCGAGGACGACGGCCUGCCGUCCGCGUUCACCACCGCACACGAGCUGGGGCACGUCUUCAACAUGCCACAUGACAACGUGAAGGCCUGUGAGGAGGUGUUCGGGAGGCUGCGGGACAACCACAUGAUGUCGCCCACGCUGAUCCAGAUCGACCGCAGCAGCCCCUGGUCCGCCUGCAGCGCCGCCAUCCUCACCGACUUCCUGGACAGCGGGCACGGGGACUGCCUGCUGGACCAGCCACAGAGCAUCCUGGCUCUCCCGGAGGUGCUGCCAGGGGCCAGCUACAGCCUGGGCCGGCAAUGCGAGCUGGCCUUCGGCACCGGCUCCAAGCCCUGCCCGUACAUGCAGUCCUGCACCAAGCUGUGGUGCACGGGCAAGGCCCGGGGCCAGCUGGUGUGCCAGACCCGGCACUUCCCCUGGGCGGACGGGACGAGCUGCGGGGACGGCGGGCUGUGUUUGCGGGGCAUCUGUGUCCCCCGACAGAACGCCAGCGAGGCCAAGGUGGACGGCCGCUGGGGCAGGUGGGGCGAGUUUGGCGUGUGCUCACGUACCUGCGGGGGUGGAGUUCAGCUGGCCAAGAGGGAGUGCAACAACCCCGUCCCGGCGAAUGGGGGCAAAUACUGCCAGGGGGUCCGAGUGAAAUACCGCUCCUGCAACCUGGAGCCCUGUCCCAACACGGGUAAAAGCUUCCGUGAGGAGCAGUGUGAGGCCUUCAAUGGUUUCAGCCUCAACACCAACCGGCUCGCCCCUUCUGUGGUGUGGGUCCCCAAAUACUCUGGAGUCUCCCCCAAAGACACCUGCAAACUCAUUUGCAGGGCUAACGGAACCGGCUACUUUUACGUGCUGGCCCCAAAGGUGAUAGAUGGAACUCCUUGUUCUCCGGACGCGCCUGGAGUCUGUGUGCAGGGGAGAUGCAUGAAGGCCGGCUGUGACGGAAAGCUCAGCUCCAACAAGAAGUUUGACAAGUGUGGGGUGUGUGGGGGGGACAACCACAGCUGCAAGAAGGUGUCGGGCCUCUUCACGAGACCCAUUCACGGUUACAACUUCGUGGUGAUGUUGCCCAUCGGCGCGUCAAAUGUUGACAUCAGACAGCGCGGCUACAAGGGUCUGGUCGGCGACGACAACUACCUGGCGGUGAAGAACAGCCAGGGCAGGUACCUGCUGAAUGGGAACUACGUGGUGUCGGCCAUGGAGCGCGACAUCAUGGUGAAGGGCGGUCUGCUGCGCUACAGCGGCACGGGCACCGCGGUGGAAUCGCUGCAGGCCUCCAAACCCCUGCAGGAGGCGCUGACCGUGGAGGUGCUGUCCGUCGGCAAGAUGACCCCGCCCCGCAUCCGCUACUCCUUCUACCUGCCCAAGGAGAACAAGGAGGAGAGGAUGCUGAAGAAGGAGGGCCGCGCCCACGCCCAGAACAGCGUGCUGCUGGAGGGCGAGAAGGCGGGACCCAGGAAGCGGCCGCAGGAGCGCGUGUCGUACAAGUGGGCGGCGGGCGGCUGGGACGAGUGCUCGGUCAGCUGCGGCAGCGGCCUGCAGAAGCGGCUGGUGCAGUGCCUGGACUCGGACGGCCGCUCGGCCACCCGCUGCGACGCCGCGCACAGGCCCAACGCCAUGCGGGUGUGCGGGGACCCCUGUCCCGUCUGGCACGUCGGGGAGUGGUCGCCCUGCUCCAAGUCCUGUGGAAAGGGCUUCAAACGACGAGUGCUGCGUUGCGUGACGCAGACGGGGCUGCUGUUGCCGCGGGAGCACUGCGCAGGCCAGCGGAAGCCGCAGGAGCUGGACUUCUGCUCCGCCCGGGCCUGCUAGCCCCGCCCCCGCAUCACGCCCCGCCCCUCUGACGCUGCGGGAUCUGUCAGAGAGGGAGGCACAGAAUCCCUAACGAUCCGGAACCCAGGGCGUUCUGGUGCAUCUGCUUUUGCAUCAACGGGCAGGCGGGGGAGGGAGGAGCUGUCUCUGAGAACAGGAAGAGAGAGAGUCUGAGAGAGAGAGGGGGCGAGAGGGAGAGGUACAGACUGUGAUUUCAAUGCUACAGAGCUGAAGUGACACACAGAAUCCUACCUCUGACAAAAAGAAAAGUAAUGCUCACUUGCACACACAUAAGAUGUGUCUGUACAUACGUGUGCUGAAUAAACACAACCCAGUUAUCAGAAACACAGAAUAAAGAAGAGUAAAGAGCCAUUACUGGAUUUACAGGGAAGCAGGACAUGGCAGGAGAUCAGGCUGCAGUCAGCAGUGUCUGACCACUCUCCUCCCUGCAUUACUCUGCUAAAUGCUCUACAGCAAACAUCUUUGG